CGACGUCACAACCAAAUAUUGAGCGGGAGUUCGGGUGACGUGUGCUGUACUAUUAACGGAAGAAGUAUCACAGAAAUGGCAAUAACUAAUGUUAAAACUAUCGUGUUAAAACUCUUUUGUUAUGGAAAAUGUCACGAAUUAGGGAUGCUGUGCUGGCAGCGAGAGAAACAACACCUGUUAUGCUUUUGGGCGUUGAGGGAAAAACUGAAUUGGACAAGACCAGAGAUUUGACCUCAUAUCUGAGAGGAUUAAAGCAGCGGGAGUGACCUAAAAUAGUUUGAAAUACAAAUUAAAUCCCUAAAGACGCAAUACAAUGUCUUUAUACUAUAUCGUUACAUGGGUUCGCGGGGUGAAGACGAUCGACUUCCUGUUCACUGAAGGCCUAUUUAUUUGGAUCCAGGAGAUUCAAACACAGCUACUAUCCUGCAGAAAGAAAACAAUGAUGAUACUGCAGAGGAAUAUUAUCAUGACAAGAGCAGAUGUAAAGGUGAUUGUCUGCUAACACCUAGAUCCUGUGAGAACUGAAUAAACAUUCCGGACAUGAGGUAACCAUGGUGAUGCGAACAGCAACCUGCCGCAUUUUCCGAGGCAGCUUAAUGGUCAUUGUGGGUGUUGCGGAUUCUCCUGACCUGCUGAGCAAGUCGUCCAUGCAUUGCCUUAAUCAGAUUCAUAAUCUCAUCUAUUCAUUCCAAGUCUGUGUUUAUUGCAGUUGAAUAUAUUAUUGUUGCAGUUCCAGUGCUGUCUUAUAGUCAUGAGAGCUUAAAUUUAAUAUUUAAUAUUAUUUUAACUUAUUUUUGCAAUCUAAAUGCUUUUGCAGGCAUUUUCUGUGUCUAUGCAGAAACACGUAUAAGCCAAAAACGUCUGAAUGUAUAUCGAUGCUGUAAAGGCAAAGUAUACCAAAAUAUUCAUCUUUAAUAGUUGUAUUUUCAGCCUCUAGUGUGAUGUAUAAAACUGCAUAUGGAGUGAAGGGAAUUUCUAUUUGUUACUCUUGCUGGCUGUGAUUCAAAAGACUUAAGAGAGGCCCUGAAACACGAACAGCACUGAGUCAUAGCGAUUCAGCUGAGAAUUCUCCAGAUGAAAGCAGUUUGCUCAGUCUGUGAGUUAAAACUAUCAAACGCAUCCUUCCCUUCGCUGUGUCAUGAGGAGCAUGUCUGUGGCUGCAUUCGGGACCUUAGUUUGUUUAUUUUUUCUGGUAAAUCUUCAAAGAUUAGAUUAGAUUUGUUAUGAGCAUGAGAUUUCAGAUUUGAGGGAUGUUAAAUCAAAGAGAUUUUUGCAUGGAUUCUACGCAAGAUGGAAUCCAACAACGCAACAGUCUUUUAGACAAGAGUGCACAAGAAUAUACAUUUAAAUAAUCACUAAAUGUGAAUGAACAAUCCUUCUAUAGAUGAAAGGCUGUUUAAAUACACACAUUGAGUCGUUAUUAACACACAAGCAUUAUAAUAAAUAAAACCUGGAUGAAUAAAUUAAUAUUUAAAAUCAGUAAAACCUGACUAUUAUGUCAUGGACAUAUUUUUAGGAAUAAAUACCACUUUCUUGAUUUAAGUCUCUACAAAAGUUUACAGUGACACCAUGUGGUAGAGAUGUGAAUUGCAAUACUAAUGUAUAAAUGGAAUUAUUAAAAUGUAGGACUGACAGGAGUGUUCACAAUGAACAAUAUAAGCAGUCCUCACAGUAUAAUUAAAUUAGAUUCUGAGACAAAAUUCUUGCAAACUUUACUAAACUUAUGACAUUAAGAAAAUGUGAAAGCUCCACAUAUGCGUUUGUUUUUGCCACUAAACAUCUGAACAGAUAGCUAAUCAGACAUGCACACUGAUUGCUUUGGUUUCUUCUGUUCAUCAAGGUAUCAUCAAAUGUUUUUCUUUAAGCAUGAGUCUUUGCAAUGGCAUUUUUAGUCAAAUGUCAAUCUGAGAUGCCACCUGAUAGCUGGUAGUAAAAUAAAUAAAUACAAUUUAUAUGGUUAUAUAAAUUUAUGUAGUUUUUCUGAGGACCAAAUCAAAAUUCACACAUCUGUAUAUUCAAAUAAAACACACCUGAAUAUUUACAUAUACUGUAUCUUCAACCUACAACAUUGAUUUAAACAACUAAGAUUGAUAAAGUAUCAGAGAAGCCGAGCUCUGACUUCCCCUCUUGUCAGUGUGGUUGAGGUUUGUGUUUCCGCUCACAGUAAGUGAUGUUUGAAUGCUCACAGUAUAGCAGAUUUUCAUCUGAAUCAGACAAUGAAGAUCAUUCCGCUGCAGAUCUAUCUGUUCAUUUGUUAUAAAGCUACAGCAUGUCUAACAAACAUACCAGUAACUUUAGGAGCUGAUGUUAUUAUAACCUGUGAUCUUGAUAUAAAGGAGAUUUACUGGUACAAACUGAAAUUACCGGAUCCUCCAGUGUUGAUCUUACGCACUUAUGAUAGCACAUACGAAGGAGGUAGAUAUGAAAACAGCAUCUCUGAACACAAAUACUCAGUGAAAACUAACAGUCAUCUGUUCAUCAAAAAUAUCACCAUUGAUGAAUUAGGAGUUUAUUAUUGUGUGAAAACUAGUGAACCACAAAAAUUCAGUAACGGCACCAAAAUCUACAUCAGCGACUUUGUCCAAAAGAAUAUUACAGACUCAGUCCACAGGAAUCAGACAGAUGAUGCUCCACAACACCAGAUACCGUGGAAAACUCUGACCAUCACAUCUGUCCUGAUGAAUGUGCUUUUGACCAUUGCAUUAAUAGGUAUGGUGAAGAGCUACCUGGAUGCAGCUGGAAAAUCUCCAGCUCAAAACUCAAAUAAUCCACAGCGUGCUGAAAUUGAUUUUUCCAUGUGCUCCAGUAGCACCAGGCCUUUCCAGGAGCAGAGCACUACUGUCUACAGCCAAUGUAUGAUGUAAUAUAUACAUUAUAAAUACAAAUUGUGCCUACAUAUUAGUUUUUUUUUUUUUUAUUACUAUUAUUUUAAAAGAGUGCAUUUAACCUGAUAGGAAAUUGGAACUUUGUUUCAGGACAAGAAUCUUUUUCAUGAAUUAUAUAAUUAUGUUACCUUUUAUAAGUUUUCUGCUUUGUAUCUAAAUAUGCAGUGUUGUAAGUACUAAUGUAACUAAUGUUGCUGGUACUGUUUUGAGUGGAGAUUAUGCUUAUAUAUAGUAAUAAUAAUCUUUUUUUUUCUGUUAUGUAAGUAUGCUGACAUCUUCACAGUAGCAGUAAAAGUUGUAAACAACAUGGCAAAUGAGCUUUUUUGGGUCUGAAGAAGCUUUUUUAUCUCUGCAACCAUUUUAAUUAUUCUUAAUAUUAAAUCACAUAUUUGUCACGAUAGGUGGCUAUAGUAAAGCGCAUGACAAAGGACAUAUCUUCUGGGAACUUCUGCACAGUUUUCUUUUUUGUGGUUAACACAAGCAUGGUUUCGUGCAACUGAAGUGUUCCACUGGUUUGGUCACUUGAUGAGCAACACGAUCAUAUAUAGACUUGCAUGCAUCAAGUGGUUUAAACUUUAACCAAGUUAACAUGACACAAAACACUAUGGUAACAUUUUACAAUAAGGUUUCAUUUGUUAACAUUAGUUACUAGUUAACAUGAACUAACAAUGAAAACAACAUUUAAGUUCAUGCUAAUUUCAGCAUUUACUAAUACAUUACUAAAAUCAAAAGUUGUAUCUGUUUAUAUUAUUUAAUGAACUAAUAAUGAACAGCUGUAGUUUUAUUAAUAAAUACUAUAACAAAUGUGAGAAAUGAGUUUCACAUCUCCUACUCUUUUCUAUUCUAAAUAUUUCCACAAAACUGUCUAAACAAACAAAUAUUUUAGUAGGAACUGGAUAACAUGGCCCAACUAUACAAUUUAGCUGCAAAUAGCAAAAAUCCAUGAACAAAACAAAACAACAACAAAAAAUAACUAAGAAAAAAGAAACAAAAUCCAGAUUAAUAAAAAUACAUACUUCAACAUACUUCAAUACACGCUUCAAGGAUAAAUAUUGUUAGUGGUUGCUGAAAACAUUGAAAUUCAAGAGACAGAAACCAAAAACCUCAUCUAAACAUGACAGAAUUCAGCUACAGUUGAAGAAA